AUUGCUCUCGUUAGUCUCGUAAUAGCGAGCUUCCUAUGGAACUGUCUUUCUCUCUACUCAAACUAUCAAGCCGCAAAGCAGCUAGGCGUACCCAUUGUCAUAUCGCCCUUCGAUUUCUACCAGCCCUUCUGGCAGUUGACCCACAAAGCGCUUCUGCCUCUCUUCCGUCGCCUCCCGAAGCCUUUGAACACGUUCACUCGGUUCUCAUACUUUGGGUGGCAGUUUGACGACAAGAAUGCAGCAUAUGAAGAAUUCGGCCCUGCAUUUGUGCUCGUGACGCCGGGGAUGACCGAGUUUGUCGUCUCGGAUCCCGGGGCGACCAAGGAGCUGCUAGCGACACAUCAUUCCUAUUGCAAGCCACCCAGCAUACAAAUUGUUUCCUUGUAUGGCCAGAACCUAGUGACUGUUGAAAAAGAUGAUUGGGUAAGGCACAGGAAACUGACGGCGCCGCAUUUCAGUGAGCGCGUGAGUCGCUUUGUCUGGGAUGAAUCUAUAGAGCAAACGCGUGGCAUGCUCAGAAAGGUAUUCGGGACGGUGAACAGUAUAUCAGAUACCCUGGUGGAGGACUGCAAGAUCAUUGCCCUUCAUGUCAUUAUGGGUGCUGGUCUAGGAGCGUCUCAUGAUUUCGACCGUGGAGCCAAGGGUAUUCAAAAGGGCCACACCAUGGGACUUGGUGAAAGUGUUUUCACUACAUUGGAGAACAUUACAAUCAUCCUAGUCUCAUCUUCAGCAUUCUCGUUGCUGAAGCUGCCAAUCUUCCCCAAAAGUCUGCGGAAGGUCGGUGCCGCGGCCCAGGAGUACCGGAGCUAUCUCGACGAACUGAUCGAGACCGAGAAGAAUAGAAGCUCCGAUGAUCUUAACCGACCCAAUCUACUGAGUGCCAUGGUCAGGGGAAACGAUAAUUCUCAAGGCGAGAAAGCAUCUAGGUACAGGCUUUCCAUCGAUGAGAUCCGUGGCAAUCUAUUCGCCUUUAGUUUCGCUGGCCACGACACGACUGCAAACGUCUUGGUAUACACCUUCGCGCUUCUGGCAGUUCAUCCAGAAUGGCAGGACUGGAUUGGAGAAGAAGUGGAUGAAAUCGGUAAUCAAUAUCCCGAUGGCCUCAUAGAGUACGAAAAGAUAUAUCCACGACUGAAGCGUUGUAUGGCUACGAUGUAUGAGACUCUACGAAUCUAUGGCCCUGUUACUUGGAUCCCCAGAGCGACCACCGCCCACCGUAGCCUCACCUUCUCGGAACCCUUGAAGGUCUCGGGGGAACAGUCAACAACGCUACCGCCCGGUAUGCUCCUGAAUAUCAAUGUCUACGAGCCGCAUACAAGGCCUUCACACUGGGGUCAAGAUUCCUACGCCUUCCGCCCCUCUCGUUUCGUGCUCACGCCGACUGAAACCAAACCCAACGGCUGGAUCGUCGAAGGUGAUAAGAACAAUGACGGCACCGAGAAGAUUAUGCACCCUCCAUCCGGAGUGUUCAACCCCUGGUCAAUGGGACCACGGAUAUGUGUGGGGAUUAAGUUCUCCCAGGUCGAGUUUGUUGCCGUCCUGUUC